UCUCCACGCUCUUAUGAUGAGAGUAGUGAACGCUGAUUGGACAGAUACUGUGAAGGCAAACAGCGUGUUUUAAGCGUCAUUUACCUCAGCAGUGAUCACAAACGAGCGGUCUCUAUUCAAUAACAGUAACCUGGUAGGAAUGAAAGACAUAAUGAAAUCCUACAAACGCAAAUCAUCACAUUCAACUGAAAGGGAAUUUGGAGGUACUCUGGGUGCCACCUGCAUCCCAGUGUUGCUGCCUCUGACAGUUUUGUACCUGCUGAGUGUAUGUAGGUCUCCAGCAGCCAGCGUGCUACAGUGGCCUCCUCCUUUGCCCCCUAUUGCCCAGUUAUGGGACCCUUUAGCUGCCGUUUUGAUUGCAGGUUGGAUCACCCUACAGAGCUUCCUCUACCUGCUGCCAGUGGGGAAGGUUUCUGAAGGAUUAGUCCUUAGAGAUCGAUCCAGGCUGAAAUAUCCUAUUAAUGGUUUUCAUGCCCUCAGCAUUACUGUUGUCCUGUUGUCUAUAUGUCUCUAUCUGGGGAUGCCACUUGGGUAUCUGUUUGAACUUGUGUUGCCUCUGGCUGUAUGUGCUAUUGCUGUGUCCUACCUGUUGUCUAUGUACCUGUACAUUCGCUCAUUCUGGGCUCCUCAACAUGCCUUAGCACUUGGAGGAAAUACAGGAAAUCCCCUGUAUGACUUCUUUAUGGGUCGUGAGCUUAACCCUCGCAUUGGAGACUUUGACCUUAAAUAUUUCUGUGAACUCCGACCUGGAUUAAUAGGCUGGGUGGUAAUAAACCUAGGGAUGCUGAUGAAAGAGGUCGAGUUGAGGGGCUCUCCAUCUCUCGCCAUGCUGCUUGUGAAUGGUUUCCAGCUUCUCUAUGUCACAGAUGCUUUAUGGAAUGAAGAAGCUGUGCUUACUACUAUGGACAUAGUGCAUGAUGGAUUUGGGUUCAUGCUGGCAUUUGGUGAUCUUGCCUGGGUUCCCUUCACAUAUGGCCUUCAGGCCAUGUUUUUGGUUGUGCACCCACAGUCGCUUAGUAAUCUUGAAGCAGCAGGGAUUGUUGUUUUAAAUGGAAUUGGGUAUUACAUAUUUCGCAAGUCCAACUCUCAGAAAAAUCAGUUUAGAAGAGACCCUACACAUAAAAGUGUAUCACACCUGGAAACUAUUGCCACAGCAACAGGAAAGCGCCUGUUGGUAUCAGGGUGGUGGGGGUUUGUCAGACAUCCAAACUAUUUAGGGGACCUUCUCAUGGCUCUGGCGUGGUCCCUACCCUGUGGAUUGUCACAUAUUUUGCCUUACUUCUACGUUACAUAUUUUACCGUUCUGCUCAUUCACCGAGAGGCCAGGGAUGAGAAACAAUGUAAAGCCAAGUAUGGACUUGCCUGGGACACAUACUGCAGUCGAGUACCCUACAGAAUAAUCCCUUACAUUUACUAAUGCAGAACUUUUAAAGACACAUACAAUCAAAUAUAAACAGGAACACUACAGUGUGUUAGUGCUAGCCGGGUGCUACAUAACUGCAGGCUGCUGGAUUUGUCAUCAUACAAAAGCAUAGAUGUGGUGACCUAUUAAGGAUCAAAACUUAUGGGAUACAAAUCUUUUGGAAAUCAAGUGUUUUUGUUGUCUCAUUAAGAACUACUGCAAUCUACCUUCUCUGUUUAGGUUUUGCAUAUUGGCUGCAUCAUACUGUAGCCUAUCCAUUAAAAUGUUUGUGAAAAAACACAAAUAUAAAUAUAUUUUACAGUUUCAA